CUCUUCGUAUCUACACUUGUUUUAGGAAAAGUUCAGCCUGUUUAUUGUCGCAAUGUAUGCUGACAUAAGCCAUGGAAUCUGCAAACAAGCUUCGGGAAUGAACACAGUCUAUGAGAAAAUAUCUGGCCUACUGACUUCUCUUGAUGGAAGGUUUCCCUCUUCCCUAUCUGAACUUUCCGUGUUUUCUGAUCUUUGCGAAAAGAUCAGUAGUUAG